AACGAAAUGAACUAAAAUAUAAAUUAAGAAUAUGUUACAGUAAGAUAACCUUUAAGUUCGAUUUCGUUACUUAAUUUGGUUUUGUAUAUUUUACUCCUUAAGUAGAGGUAUUUUAGAAUGGGCACCUUACCUAAUAUUGCAGGUUUAACAAACAAAAAUAUAUUCUUAGUGGAAUUUAAAGAGCCAUAUGCUGAAAAAACUCUUCGCGAUGAAACUACAACCAACAUUCGCAGCCUCAUAUUCAGCCCUAAAGGCGGCUACCUGGCUUACCGCACUGAUAAAAGAGCUGAAAUAGUGAAAUGUUCAGACUGGUCUGUAGUAGGAGCGGUGGAGGGAAAUAUCAAGGAUAUGUUGUUUUCCCCUCUGGACAGCUACUUCAUGGCUUGGGAAAUGUUUCUCAUGAAUAAAGAUAAUCCUCAAGGAAAACCAAACUUGCAUGUUUAUAACAUUGCAAAGAAAGCUAUAGUUGCAUCUUUUACACAGAAACUACAAAGUGGGUGGGAACCAAAGUGGUCAGCAGACGAAAAGAUAUUUGCCAUACAAGCCGGGAAUCGAGUACUGAUUUAUGAAGAUGGCAACUUCGAACGCUACAGCCACACUAUUAAUGCAGAGAAGCUCAACUGUUUCAGCAUUGCCCCAAGCGCGGCUCCGACUUAUUACUUUUCAAUAUUUACACUGGGAAAAUCAGGGCAACCUUCAGUUUGGAAAGUGCUUCAAUACCCAAACUUUGAAUUAGAGAAGGCUUUGGUGAGCAGGACUUGUUUCCAGGCAGAUAAAGCCGCGUUCUACUGGAAUCGCCGCGGCACCAACAUCUUCACGUUGACGCAAACUGACGUGGACAAAACAGGUGGUUCGUACUACGGAAAACAGUCACUCUCAUACGGUGACGUAAAGGGAAAUGCGGGCAACAUGGUCUUUAACAAGGAGGGUCCGAUCCACGCGAUCGCGUGGAACCCCGGCAACUGGAACGAGUGGCUGGCAGUGUACGGGCACGCGCCGGCCAAAGCUACGCUCUUCAACGCCAAGUGUGACCCCCUCUUCGAGUUCGGCACGGGAGCCUGGAACACCAUCUAUUAUGCUCCUGACGGGAAUCAUGUCCUGCUGGGUGGGUUCGGUAACAUCGGCACAGGCCACGUGGAGGUGUGGGACCCGCGCGGCUUCAAGCGGCUCGGCAAGUGCGCCGCGCCCGACACCACCAGCCUGCAGUGGGACCCGCGCGGCGAGACCUUCCUCACAGCCACCACCUACCCGCGGCUCACGCAGGGCAACGGGUACAAGAUCUGGCACUACACCGGCGUGCUAAUGCACCAGCGCGCAUGCGUAGAGAAAGAGAACCUGCUGUCCAUCGGCUGGCAGCCGGGCUCAUACCCGAAGAGCGAGCUGUCCCGCACGGCGCCGCGCGGCAUCGCCGCCGCCGCGCCCGCGCCCGCCGCCGCCUACCGCCCGCCCGGCGCGCGCAACAGGCCCUCCACAUUCACGCUGCACGAGCAUGAGAAGCCACAUCGCCCUGGGGAAGAUGUUAACGCGGCUCCAUCGAAGCAAGCUCUAAAACAGAAGCAGAAGCGCGAAGCCCGCAAAGUGCGUAACGCGGAAGAGAAGGCGUCCAGCGAAGCACCGCCGCCCGCCGAGGGCGUCGCGUCCGCACGCCCGGCCUUCGUCUCCACCGGCGACCCGGAGAAGGACAAGAAAAUUAAGAAUAUUAAUAAGAAACUGAGUGACAUUGAGAAGCUGAAGCAACAGAAAGCCGCAGGCAAACCUCUCGAGAUCAACCAGAAGGCCAAGAUAGAGACCGAGGCAGCGUUGCUCAAGGAGUUGGCUCAGCUCCGGUUAUGAUCGCGCGGCGCCUGCCCCCGUUAGUACCCACUUCUGGGCGAAUCUACUUUUUGACCGACAUUUUUGCUCUCUCUGGCAUUACUCAAAAUGUCUUUCGAGUUACCAAGAAAUCGAACUUCUAAUGAACAAAGAUUCAGUUUAUUGGAUCUAACUAAUUUUCAGGGGUUUUAAAUUCAUUAUUUCAGCGUGUAAUUUUACAAUGUUAAGAAUGUGCGGACAGAUUUGAGUUGGUCAAAAAAUUGAUUCGCCCUUCUACUUCUACUCUCCGUAUGCUUCCAGAUACUAAGUACAACUAAUAUCGAAACGCCGUAGUGCUCGUGCGUUGCGUUUACUGAUAGCGACGUGUCUCUUGCUAGUCGCUCGUUAAUAUUUAUUGCUGUUUGUUGCGAUCCCGUUGUUAAACAACUUUAUUUGACGUAUUUUUGUUGACAUAUGUAUUGUUUACGUUUUCAUGUUUUUAUCAUUAAAAUUAAACUCCUUAAGUAUUUGUAAAAUCUAACGCCUAAAUCAGACAAUUUAUAGAAAUAUUUAAUCGUGUCGCCAAUAUGAACUUAUGAAGAUCUGUGUCUUACAUCACGAACAAUCAAGAAUGCCUCCUGUCUGCCUGACUUCCUCUUCGAAAGUGUUAAAAAUGCUCUUCUGAUGUCCUACGACUAGCCACAAUCUUUCUUUCAAACUUGUUAACAUAGAUACUUCAAAUUAAUCUUUUACUUCUGAAUGUUUGGUUCAAUAUUACUGCUGCUGUUACACUGUUUACAUAUUAUUGUUAGUAUACAUACUAAAUAUGAUAUUUAAAUAUAUGAUGAAUAUUUACAUUGAAAGGGAAUAAAUAUAUAUUUAUUGUAGUUACUUGUAUGUGAUGUAAUGUCUUUAACGACCUAAACUAGAACAGAUAUCCUUGAAAGCUAUAUGAAUAGUUAAACGUGUACCUAUAAUACCUAAAUAUUAUUCUUAAAUAGAAUAUAAUUAUCAUUAAUAACAAUCUAAUCAGUAGUACAACUACAAACACAGGUACACACAACUGCAAAAAUGCUUUGUAAAAUUGUAACGGAAUUCAUUCAUAAGGUGUGUAUGCACUUUCGCAGUUCACUCUACAUUCGAUGUCUUGCUAUAAUCAUAUGCACAGAACUAAAUCAAUCUUGAUUUAGUUCUGUGAUCAUAUGGCAGUAUGCUGAGAAAUGAACACUGUUAAAAUAAAAAUACGAAGUAGUCGUAUAUUUAUAAUUAUAGUAUGACUAAUAUAAGUUACUUAUUUUAUUUAAUCAGCUUUUUUUACCGUUUUCUUUUGUGCAAAAAUCCCUAUGUGAUUUGGGGUCCACGCAUGAUCGCGGCAAGAUUCUAUACACAAUGAGGAGGCACACUCAAAUUAUGUUAUGACAGGUGGCGCCACCCUAUUAGUCCAUUGCACAGAUAAAAAAUUUCAUACGUGACAGCGAGAAGAUGAUAUUUUCUUUCUCUCUCUCACAUACGAAUGACAGUGACAUGCCUAGGCACGUGCACAGGCGCCGCCUGACGGAAUAAAAUGUCAGUGUGCCUCAUUGUUUGCUAUGAAGAAAAAACAAAUGUAAAGUAAAAUAAAAACAAUAGAUGUUUUCUUUUUCUGUGGUAUUCUGUCAUGGACAUGCAACAUCAGUGUUUAACAAGGUCGUUGCAUGAAAUCUGGCACGAAUGGAAUAAACAAACUUUGAUUGCAUUAUUGACAUCUGUAUCGCCAUGCAAUCGUAACUAUAUCCGCCAUUUUAUGGGAUAAUCUGUCACACAUAUCCAUACCAAUAUUAUAAAUGGGAAAGUCUGAGUCUGUUUGUUUGUCUGUCUUUCACGGUCGUCACUCGAAUUGACGUGAUUUUUUAAGUGGAGAUAGUUGAACGGAUGGAGAGUGACAUAGGCUACUAUUUGUCUCUUUCUCCACUUCCCUAAAACGGGGAGUGGAAGUUAGUAUGAAGCAUUUUCGAAUUCAACGCGAGCGAAGCCGCGAGCAGUCGUAUAUACAUUUUCAUUCGAUCAUUCGUUCCAUUCGUGCUAGCUCUUGUGAAUAGACCUGUAGUAUUUAUUGACAAAAUAAAUAGGUAACAUUUUUCAUUAUGAUUUGCAUCACCUAUUAUUGAAGUGCAAUACGUGCCUUACGAUGUUGUUUAAAAAUAUGUGGUUGUAUAAGAAUUAUGAUUUGUUGAUUAAACUAUAAAUCGUUUGGCGACAUCGUUUAAUGAAAUUUCAUAAUAAUGCUGUUUAUUGGGUUAUCACAAAUGACCUACAAUAUUGAAGUUAUGGGCAAUGAGAACAAUCACGUUGUUUGGGAAUUACGCACGAGAAAACGUCAGGACCUACAGCGAACUAAGUUCGAUGUGUUGCAUUGCCAGUUCCUCUGUUUGCUACUCGUUCUAAAACUAUCAGUAAAACUGCUUGUCGCCAUACUAACCUUCUACAUGAAUCCCAAGACAUGUGGCGUCCCACACCUAAAAGAAGCCUAUGCCUCCAUAGAUUGCAUAAGAAUAUUAUGAACCCUUCUCUAUGGAGCCUAUGGAAAGUCACAUACAUAUUACAAAUCACUCAAGAAAUUUCUGCAAUCUUUCUUGUUUCUUUUUAGUAAUUUAAGGAUAUUUCUGUUUGCAUUUAUUUACCUUGUUUAAUUAUGUUACUGAUGUCCGGAUCAACUUUUUUGGGUUGUUAUGUUAUUCUGUCUGUGUAAAUAUUUGGUAAUUUUAAUUCAUAAGACGGGGAUAUCGAAAAAUGACCCAGGCGAUUGUACGUAACCAUGACAACUAGCAGCUAUGAAAAAGUUGAUUCGCCGAGACAUUUAGGGCGGUGUCAGUAUAAUGUUAUAGCGCGCGUAGAUCAAAUGUAUGGAAAGUAACGCGCGUAAACAUAGCUAAUCUGUAACACCCGUAAGUAAUUGACACAGUGUAUUUUCUUCAACAAAAGCUUCGGCACCAUUACUUAUUAAGUUCUUCUUAUUUGAAUAACUUGCGCUCAUACUCAAUUUAAUUAGUUGUUUUGAUGUGUAGGAUUCUUGUGAUGCAACGUUUCAAGUCAGCAUCAUCACUAUCAUCAGCCAUAGUUCUGAAAACGUUAUCGAAUGGUUUCGAAGCUAAAUUGCAUUACGACGUUGUAGAGUCAAGGACUUUUAUUGGGCUGUUUGGGGUUAUUUGGUAAUACUCAGAUUUUACACAUGUAUAACUUUAUAAAUCGUACAAUAACAAUAGUGCCAAGGUUUGGUAGACCAUCUAAUAAACCUGAAAUUCUCCGAAAUCCUGGACACCAGUUCGACGCUUAUUUAAUAUUGAUAAUUAAAUCUAGUACCGUAUGCUGUAUAGUAUUAGCUUCCUAUUGGGUGGUACCUAUAUAAUUUGAAAUAUUUACGCAAAUCUCUUAAAACAUAUAGGUACCUACUAUACUAAAAAGCGUUGCGUUAUUUGGUAAAAGUGUUGAUUGUCUUCCUUACCUUUUCAUGUAUCGUUCAAAUUUACUCAAGAACAACCGCAAGCAAACUCGCGGACCUUAUAAAAUGUAUCCAAAUUGGGCCAUUCGCAAGAGCUACAAUGGAUAGACACAGACUGGCCGACCUUGGGCCCAUUUCUCGAAGCUACAAGUUACAAUUUACAAGUGGUUGUCAAUGUCUAAUAUGACAAGUUGGAAAGAGAUUCCACUUGUAACUUUCAGAUUUGAGAAAUGGGCCCCUUGUCGUCAAACCUGUAACUUCUAUCCUUUUGCGUAGGGGUUAUAAAUAAGUUAUAAAUAACUGAGUGAGAGUAAGUGUAACUUACAAAUAAGUUAUAAAUAACUGAAACCCUAAAAGUUUAACAAUGAAAGUUCGUGGCCGUGCUAACGUCAUAUUCUGUAUACUUUUUUAUACUGUUGUGAAUUUAAUUACCAAUGUAGGUAAUCAAGUUUUAAACGCGUUAUUUAAUAAAUGAUUUUACUUCGAA